GUAUGAAGUUCUAAGUACAGCCAAGGAAGUAGAGAGCAGUUUUCCAUAGAUAUUGGAACAGCUGUAGUAGUUUUCUUUCCUGCAUUUUUGCUUUUCUUGGAUAUUCUAAUUCAAACAGACUGACGGAGUAUUCACACGGUGUUGUAGGCAAAAUCUAAAUGAUCUGUGAAGGGGGAUGAUGGGUAAACGGUAGAGGGCAGCAGUCGGAGAGCUGAUGGGCUGGCUGAAACGUGACGAAAUGAAACAGGAAGUGCGUCAUUGUGUUUCCUUGUUGAUGUUUUGUUUUAGGAAAAGGCGGUAAAUGGUGAUAGGGCACAGGUCCGUGUCUAGGGCUUGGCUUCAGUUUGUUCGUGGUUUCUGCAACGUUCACCGCAGCACUGACGGACAGUGGUUGGGGAUGGCGGGGAAGAGAGGAGCGCUCAUCGUGCUGGAGGGGGUGGACAGGGCCGGGAAGACCACGCAGUGCAGCAAGCUGGUUCAGGCUCUGCAGCAGAGCGGCAGGCCGGCUGAGAUGAUGAGGUUCCCCGACAGGACCACGACGAUCGGACAGCUGAUUGGGGCUUACCUGGAGAACAAGAGUGAUUUGGAGGACCACACGGUGCACUUGCUGUUCUCUGCAAACCGCUGGGAGAUGGUGCCUUUAAUGAAGAAGAAGCUGGAGCAAGGCAUCACUCUGGUUGUAGACAGGUACGCUUUCUCUGGAGUUGCUUUCACCAGCGCUAAGCCGGGCUUCCGCCUGGACUGGUGCAUGCAGCCUGAUGUGGGACUGCCAAAGCCAGACCUUGUAAUGUUUCUGCAGCUGAACCCGGCCGAGGCUGCUCUCAGAGGACAGUUUGGGCAAGAGAGAUACGAGACGAGCGUCUUCCAAAGAACAGUGCAACAGCGGUUUGAACAGCUGAUGAAGGAUCAGACAGUAAACUGGCAGGUGAUCGAUGCAGCGCAGAAUAUUGAAAAUGUUCACAGAGACAUCACAGCCCACAGCCUCAAUGCCAUCAACAAAGCACAGAACCUGCCCCUUGGAGAGCUCUGGAGUGAAACUCCUAAAAACUAAAGUCCUCUCCUGCACCCCACAAACUUUAUCCCACAUUUACUUGAGUAAAAUAUUACGUCCCACACUUGUACAAGUCAAGAGAGCUAUACAAAUUGAAAUUCAGCUCUUUUUAUUUUUGCUUUUUUCAUUCUUUUACAUAUCUAUUGUUCUGUCACCUGCCUAUAUACUGUUUUGAUUAAAUAAAUAAUCUUCAAAUGGA